AUGACUGUUAUGAAGCCAAGGCAAAUUGGGCGAGUGAAGAGUGUGAUCUUCACAAUUCACAAUCUUGCCACUCAGACAGCGACACAAGAACAGAGGAAAGAGAGUAUUUUUGGCACUUUUCUUUUUUCUCCCCUUUGAUUGAAACUUAGGUCACACUGUCACAGCCACAACUCAAAGAAAGAGAGAGAGAGAGAAAAUAGAAAUGGAAGAAGAGGGAAUAGGGUUAGUGUUUGCCAGAGCUACAGAACUCAGAUUGAAGAUUAGCAAUUGCAUCCACACCGCCACCGCCACCGCCACCACAUCUAACCACGCGCCUCCCACUCUCAAUGGCCCGUCACCUUCCGCCGCCGACGACGAUGAUGACGAAGCUACUGAUAGGCUUCUCAAAAUUUGCGAUGCUCUCGAAACCUUGGAGACCCAGCUUGCUUCCUUGCAGGUUCUACAACAACAGCAGCGAUAUGAAAGAGAAACUGCCUUGGCUGACAUUGAGAGCAGUCGUAAGGUGUUAAUCGAUAAGCUGAAGGAGUACAAGGGUAAGGAAUUGGAUGUGAUACAUGAAGCUUCCAUUUUUGCUAGCGAAACUGUCGAAACCAAUAAUGAUCUGCUACUCCCUCCGUAUCCAAGCCGCCCCCCAUAUUCCAUGUCUCUGGACAAGGAGUAUCUGUCGCAAAUCCCUUCUGUGAAUAAGUCCGGUCGCAAUGGAUUAAUCACACUCGAUCCAAUGAUUGAGGCAAAAAACAGCCUAGGUGAUAAGGAGCAAAAUCGUGCUGCAAAUGAAGAUAAAAGUUUAAGAAAAGGGUUGGGAUAUUUCAUAACUUCUGCAGCCAAAACAAUGCUUACAGUUGCUGGAGUGGUAUCAAUAUUAAGUGUGUCUGGCUUUGGGCCUAAUCUGGGGAAGUUAGGCGUCCGAUUCAAUGUACAAGACCGGCGUCAAAGAACAGAAGAUGAGAAUGAAAGAUCUGCUGCCCAGAAUGUGAAGCAUAGAUCAAUUACUCAGUGUCCGCCUGGUAGAAUUUUGGUGACGGAAAAUGGGGAAGCUCGAUGUCUUGUGAAAGAGAGAGUGGAAAUUCCAUUUUCGGCUGUUGCUUCAACACCUGAUAUAAACUAUGGAUGUGGUUAACCACAUCACUUGUCCCUCUGUCUUUUGUUUCUGUUUCUUGUGGAUAUGCAACUUCAUCAAAAUAAAAAAAAAAUUAUGAAGUUAAUCAAAGUUGGCUAGUGAUGUCAUGGUUUAUGGUAGUUGAAUUUAGGUAAAUGAAGUUAAUCAAAGUUGGCUCUUUCUUUCUUUCUUUUCUUUUGGUUGUGAGAAAUUUUUGUUUAUCUCAAUUGUUUGAUGGUGUUGAGCUCAUCAGUAGUGAUGCUUCAGUUGCAUACAUGACACAUUUUGCUUACAAUUGACAAAACCGAUAGAACACAAAUUCCUAA